AUGGGUUGUUCGCUGAGUUCUCAUACAGAACCUUUAGAUUCUGAAGUCGAAUUAGAGGAAAAGACUGAAGUAAAAGAAGCGUCAGAUGUUGAUGUUGUAAAUAAGGUAGAAGAUGUGUCUGAGGCGGGGGAUACGACCAAGGUAGAAUGUGGGCUUGAAGUUGAGGAUGUGAGCAAGGUAGAAGAUGUGUCUGAAGAGGAUGAUGAGGCUGAUGUAGGAGAUGUGUCAGCCCUUGAUGAUGGGAACAACGAAGAAGGUAGGGCUGAAGUUGAUGAUGUGAACAACGUAGAUGAUACAUUAGAAGAGGAUGAUAGAACUGAUGUAGAAGAUGUAUCUGAAGUUGAUGAUGUACCCGAAGAAGAUGAUUUCUCGGAAGUUGAAGUUAUGACCGCAGUAGAAAACGUCAGUGAAGUUGAUGAAGUAUCCGAAGUAGAUGAUGAGGUAGAAGAUGUCAUUCCUGUUGCUGAAGAUGAGCCAGUUACCGAAGCAGGUGAUGGUGAUAACGACGAAGCUCUGGUUGAAUAUGUUCCCAGUCUUAAUGUAAGUUUGUUAUGUUAAACGUUACUUUUUGAAGAUUUAGGUCGGAGUAAAACUACUAGACCUACAGUAGAAGAUAGGCUAGAGUAAGGAAGGGUAAGGUAAGUGACGGUAGGAUACUUCAGCGUAUUGUAGAGUGACUUAUACUUUUUUGUCAGGAUUCCACCUGGCCAGAUGUUGUGCUAAAACCAAUGAAAAAACUUUCAAUCGGGAUUAAGAGUCACAACCAUGAAGUUACAGUUAAUUUAAAAUUACACGACAACCAAGUAAUCUCGAGUAUUGAAACCUUAGAUAGAAUUGUAAGCUAUACCGCCGACGUGUACGAAAACUUCAAACUGAGUAUAUUUGUGGGCGAAACAUGCGUGUGGACAAAGUCUCAACUAAACGAACUCGCGGAUUACUGUGAGAGUAAGUGGUUAAAACAUUGAUUAAAAUUUUAGUCCGCAAGGGAUAAAAGAUCAGCACUGAUAACUGCGUCAACUAAAAUGGAAAUUAAUGCAUUUUUCAAUUUUUAAUGAAGUUUGUGAUAUUUUCUUAAAAAUCAAUAAAAUUUGUGACAUUUCGUUAAAAAAUCAAUAAAAUUUGUGACGUUUUGUUAAAAAAUCAAUAAAAUUUGUGACAUUUCGUUAAAAAAUCAAUAAAAUUUGUGACGUUUUGUUAAAAAAUCAAUAAAAUUUGUGACAUUUCGUGAAAAAAUCAAUAAAAUUUGUGACAUUUUGUUAAACAAAUCAAUAUAUUUUGUGACAUUUCGUUGGAAUUGAAAAUUGAUUUUAUAAUGAGCAUACUCCGCGAAAAACAACUUAUAUUUACCUUUUUUUAAUUAUACUAUAAUAUCUGCAAGGUCGGGCAUUUUCCUUGUUAGUCUCGAUUCAUAUCUCCGGAAUCAGGAGAGGCACUUUCCUUAUAUAAUAUGAAGCGCUAUAACUGUAUAAUUUUAUUUUUUCAGGAAACUUCCCGACCAUGGAAUUUUCAGCCUAUGUUCUUCAUCAAACUCCAAUGUUUGGCCCGUUCGUUCCGCUCUACAGAAGGCUACAUCCUGUUGUUAAUACACUAGCAAUUGAAAGCCCUGAUUUCCUACGUUAUUGCAUGGAUUUAGAGCUGCAGGAGUUGAAUAUAUUGAAACCGAAUUACUUAGGUUAUUGUAAGUUAUUUUGAAAAAAUGGAUUUUUGGGUAGGGUAGGGUAGUGUAGGGUAGAGUAGGGUAGGGUGUGUAAAGUGUAUUUUUGCCAAACAAUGUGACUUUGUUUUCAGUUACCCUACAUCAAAGUAAAAGAUGUUAGGGUUUGGGAUUUUCAACUUGUAAAAGAGAUGCACCAUGAUAUGCUGGUAAUGACAUCUGUUGAGAGGGUCAUUUUUGUCGUAUUUCCUGAAGAUAUCGAUGACAAAUGGGUUUUUAAGCACGCUUGUGACGUUUUUCCGAGUUUAACCCGGGUGUCAUUUACUAGUAACAUUUCUUACAAUUUGGAUGUAUGCAAGUCUUUUGUUUAAACCUUCAUCAUGAAGUAAAUUUUUAAGUUUUAGACGAAAUGUCACACAAUUUAUCGGCUUUUUUGACGAAAUGUCACAAAAUUUAUUGGAUUUGAAAAGUGUGCAAAUUUAUUCCUUCUUAGUUGAGUAUUUUUCUCAGAAGGAACAUUUUUUAUUUUUAACGAAAUGCCGCAAAAUUUAUCGACUUUUUAACGAAAUGCCACAAAAUUUAUCGAUUUUUUUGACGAAAUGUCAAAAACUUUAGUAGAUUUUGAAAAUACUCAAAUUUAUCCUUUGUUAAAAAUUUUUUUAUUUGACAGCCAUCACUACCAAUCUGAUACUAUACUUUAGGUAUGAACGAGGGACUGCUUGAAGAUAUCGGUAAUGGAAUGAAACUCUGGAAGAGCGCAUUGAAACGUAAUCAGAACCGCCUAAACGUUUCUAUUUGUUAUAUUUUCAAAUACAAGUUUGUGGUCAAUAAAGCAGCGGCAGUAAAAAUUGCAAAGCACAUUGGCCACAAAGUACAAUAUGUUGAAGGGAAAGUUUCGCUAAAGUUGCGAGAACCUAACAUUGACCUGGAAUUGACUGUUAUAACUUUGUGA